CCCAGCGUGUACAGUGACGGGUCAAGGUUCCAGGAGGUAGGGACGGGUCCUAUCUACCGCCUUGAGAUACCCAACUGCCGAGUGGAGGACACGGGCGCCUACAGCAUCCUCGCCAAGAACGACCAUGGCGAGACGAGAGCCAUCAUCUCCCUACAGGUCUACGCCAAAGGCCUAAAGGGUGAACUAGAAGGAAGGCCAGUUAAACGAGGAGUGAUGGAACACGUGCCGGUGGUGACGCGGCCGCUGCAGGACGUCCGCUGUUGUGACGGGGACUCAGUCACUCUGGAGGCCCUAGUGGACGCCCCAAAGACCUCCCUCAUACGCUGGGAGAAGCAGGGCAAGGUGCUGAAGCUGGGCGGGGACGUGGAGAGCGAGUGGGACGGGUCGCGGGUGAGACUCAAGAUCCGCGAGGUGUACCCGGAGGACGAGGGCGAGUACUCCUGUAUCAUCUUCAACGACAUGGGCAAAGCCGUCACCUCUGCCACCCUCGUCGUCGAGAUGGCUGACGAUAAGGAGAACGAUGUGACCGUUCAGCUUGAACAUCGACCAGACCUCUCCCGCAGGACCACACCCUCCAGGACCAACACACCAACCAGGUUCUCUCGCUCACCCUCCGUCGGGUUCCAGCGUGAAGGAAGCGCUCACUCAUGGGCUGGCGUCGGCUGGAGAGAACCCUCCAUCAGCGUCUCUCACUGGCGACCUCUCUCCCGCGGCUCUUCUCCCCUGCUCCAUGCUCGCCGCCUCACGCCCGAGCCCAGCACCCGCUCCAAGACUCGACGCUCACAUGGACCCAAGUUCUACUACAUCCCCCACGACCGCAUCGUAGAGGAGGGCGAGACUGUCACCUUCCAGUGUGCCGUCAAGGGAUACCCGAUUCCGAAGGCGAUAUGGGACAAGGACUCCAUCAGGGUGUUGGAAGACGGCCGUUUCAAGAUGGUGGAGAAGGAGGAGAUACGGAUGUUGGAGAUCCCAAAAGUCACCCAACAGGACGCCGGCCUCUACCGCGUCACCAUAGAGAACGACCUGGGCCGUGAGCAGGCCACCGCCAGGCUUGACGUGAUCAAAGCGACAGGUAAUAAGUACAGUGGUUAUGUGAGGUCGUGGUAUUCGUCCCCGCUGACAGCUCCCCGCUUCACCCGCACCAUGGCCUCCACCACCAUCAGGGAGGCCUCCAGGAUACGUCUCUCCACAGAAUAUCGCGGCUCACCCACGCCCAGGGCCAAGUGGUACAGGAACAACGAGCUGCUGCCUCUGUGUGAGGAGUUCUCGCAGACCUACAACGGGAAGGAGGCCACCCUGGAGAUCCCCUCAGCCACGGCGGCCGACGCUGGUACCUACACCUGCGUUCUGAUCAACGACGCUGGAAAGACCGAGUGUUCGUGUGAGGUGAUGGUGGAGAACCACAAGGAGAUGGCUGACCAGCCACCUUACUUCCUCAGACGGCUUCAGGAUCUGACCGUCCUUGAUGGUGAUGAGGUCAGACUCACAGUCAAGCUCUCAGGGUCACGACCGAUGAAGGUGGUGUGGGUCCGUAAUGACCAAGAGAUCCCCGACUCCCAGGACUUCCGCUACGAGGAGGAUACCAGCGGCAAGUUUUCGUUGCUGAUUCGUGAUGUCUUCCCUGAGGACGCCGGCGUCUAUAUCUGCGAGGCUUAUAAUGCUCAUGGUGACGCCCACUGCUACUGCAGACUCACCGUCCAUGAUCCCCGCGCAGCCCAGUCUAGUGCUCCGCGGGUGGUGGGCUGUCUCACGCCCCUGGAAGUGGAGGAGGGAGCUGCUGCCAGGUUCUGUGUAGCUGUGCAUGGCUCCCCGCAACCCACCCUCACAUGGUACUGUGAUGGCCGUAAGCUGACUCCUACACCCAGGAUCAAGGUGGAGAUGGAUGAUGACGUGAGUAUUGAGGAGCCGGUGCCUCAUACCCUGGGUAUCCUUCACUCCCUCUCUACAGACUCCGGGGUUAUCUCCGUGGUCGCUGAAAACUGUCUCGGGUCAGACACCGCGUCCACCACUCUGAAGGUGCAACCAUACACUCCCAGGCGGACUGAGCAGGGCCAGACCUCCUCGGGUAGUUCCUCAAGCGUCAGUGCCGCCAGCAAUGGCUCAUCCACAGCCACGUCACUUCUUACCUCCACAUCCCCUGCUCCCAGGAUAAGACCCAUGUUGAAGGAGGUAACCAACAUGGCUGUAGGAAGUGUAGAUUCAGCCUAUGGCAGCGCCAGUCUCCGGGAUUCUGCCAGUGGCUGCAGCAGCUCUCUCUCCAAUGUUAGUGAACUGGACUACGACCACAACAACAAAGACCACUUGCAGACCGACAUAGCAAAGAAAACAAUACAGAUAACCGAAACCCAUCAGGAGCAGAAGGAAGAAGUGGAGGAGGAAGAGGAAGAAGAAGAGGAGGAGGAGGAGGAGGAGGAGGAGGAGUCUGGGGCAGAAAUCAUGCAGGGCCCAUUGGACAUGACAGUACUAAAGGGCCAGUCAGCCACCCUCACUGCUGUGUUUACUGGGAAGCCAGAACCUGUUGUAUCCUGGCGGAAGAAGGAACAAGAUAUUAUGGAUGGAGGACGGUACAAGGUAAAGACCGAGAGAGGAUCCACCAGCCUCACCAUCUGUGAUGUGGUGUCGGACGACUGUGACAAGUACACUAUUAUAGUGAGGAACUCCCUCGCAGAACACGCAGCCUUUGCCUCUCUUGCUGUUGGAAGUGCUCCUGAGCCUCCAGCAGCCAAACCCAACCACAGUGAGGUGACAGCCGACUCGAUCACUUUGUCUUGGUAUGGUCCCACUUUUGAUGGCGGCUCAGUGGUGACGGGGUACACGGUGGAGGCACGAAAGGCUGGCAGCGACGACUGGUACACUCUUAUCAGCGGGUGCCACUCGACCUCGUACAUUGCCAGGGGCCUUGAGAAGAACUGUCAGUAUGAGUUCCGAGUACGUGCCCAGAAUGUACACGGACUGUCAGAGCCAUCAAAACCCUCCACACCAGUCACCACCGCUGAUCCUGUGGACAAAGAGGAGGAACCUGAGCCUGAAGAUCAUGAGACAGCAUUUGCACCCCUGAAUGUUGAAAUUGAGCCUGGAAGUCUAUUCGACAAGCAGUACAGCUUACACGAGGAAGUGGGGAAAGGUCGCUUUGGUAUAGUGUAUAGAGUGACAGAGAAGAACUCUGGGGUGAGAAGAGCUGCAAAGAUCAUCAAGUGCAUAGUUGCCAAAGAUAAAGAAAAGGUUCGCGAGGAAAUUGACAUCAUGAAUUCACUUCGGCAUCCCAAACUCCUUCAGCUCGGAGCUGCAUAUGAACGACAGAGAGAGAUGGUUAUGGUCAUGGAGUAUAUAUCUGGAGGUGAACUAUUUGAGCGUGUUGUGGCAGAUGACUUUGCCCUCACUGAGCGAGACUGUAUCCUCUUCGUCAGGCAGAUCUGUGAGGGGGUCCAGUACAUGCAUAAAAGUCUCAUUGUACAUCUUGAUCUAAAGCCGGAGAACAUCUUGUGUGUACGUCGGACAUCCCAUCAGAUCAAGCUCAUCGACUUUGGCCUUGCUCGCCGAUUUAAUCCACAAGACCCAUGCCGUGUCCUCUUCGGAACACCAGAAUUUAUUGCCCCAGAAAUUAUUAACUAUGAACCAAUUGGGUUUGCAUCAGACAUGUGGUCUGUAGGAGUGAUAUGUUAUGUUUUGUUAUCUGGUCUGUCCCCCUUCAUGGGUGACACCGAUGCCGAGACCUUCAACAACAUAACUCGUGCGGAGUUCGACUUUGAUGAUGAUGCAUUUAGUGCCAUUACUGAAGACGCCAAAGAUUUUAUUAUGUCUCUGCUAAUCAAACGAAAAGAGAAGCGGCUAACAGCAGCAGAAUGUUUCGAGCAUCCUUGGUUAGCACAGACUGAGGAAGAUAUGAACAAAGUUGUCCUUUCCACUGACAAACUGAAGAAAUUCAUCAUAAGACGGAAGUGGCAGAAAACUGGAAAUGCUAUCCGUGCAAUUGGACGUAUGGCCAACCUCACCAACCGCCGCAGCUCACAACCCUCAUCGCCAACCCGACUCUCCCCCCUCCCAGAAAACCAUGCCCACACUCCUGUGUCCCCCUCCUCCCCCUCCCCUUCCAACUCCCCAACCAUUGUCUCAAAGCCCAAGGGGUGUGCUCCUGUAACUCGCCCCUCCACCAGCAUGGUCAGCGAGAGGAGCGACUCUGGUAUCAGUGAAUGUUCUUUUAGUAUUGAAGAAAAUAACCAAAAUCAAUGUAAUACCAGUAAUCAAUUUGGCAUAACAAAUGGUCGUGCUGUUACAGGGCGCAAUGUUCUCAAAAGUGGAAAGACACCGCCUUUAGACUGGCAGUCUUCGGUCGAUUCUGCCGUCUGUGAUGACGACUACUUCAGCAAGAACAGUUACGGAUCUUCUGCCAGAAAGAUAUCCAACGAGUCUCUUAUCCAGGCCAAGACUGACACCCUCAUGCAUGCCCAUUCAAGAAUAUAAGUAAAACAGUGUAUAGAACAAAAUUCUGAUUAAUGAAAUUAUUCCUAUAUAAAGAAUUUAUAUGUACAUAUGAUACAGAAAAGGACUGUUUAGCAUUAGCUUGUUUACCUCUUCUGAAUCUUAGUAAGGGCCCUUGUAAUAUAAAUAUAAUUUUAUUGAGGACUACUGUGAAGGACGUGUAUUUCUCUUGUGUUGAUAAAAAGUAAUGGCCAACAAGGAAGGAGUUUAUAUUUGUUCUCUUGCCUGCUGGCCUUGCAGUACAGGAUAUCUGCAGUUACUGUUAUUUGUCUACCCAAUCCAUGUCCUCAUACAUGGAGCCGAUUAGACGUCUUUAAGACGAGGUUAUGAAUAUUCGACUUAAACUUGAUGUGUCUACCGAUAACGACCUCUGAACUAUGUCUCUUAGUGUGACAUGUGAUUAAGAGGAUUUAUGUACAGUCGAAAUCCCAAUGUCGACCAGCCACAAUGGACUCGUGAGAGGGCUGAUGAUGUGUCUGAAUUAUACUUUGUAUGUGAAUAAUAUAGUGCUGUAUCACAAGCAAGUCAUGGAAGAAUGUAACAAAGCGUGUUUAAUAUAUUUGUCGUGACAGUUGGGUUUACAGGAGCGUGCCUGAAAUUUGCUUCUGAUAAACCUUAUUGUCACAUGAGUUUGUUUAACUUUGCUGAAAACCCUAUGAUUUUUUUUGUUAGUUCUCUUUAAUUGUGUGUUUACACAGUGCCACAAUAUUCUAUUUUUCUCAGUGCAGUGCCAAACAAAUUGUACAGCUGAUAUAUGUAGAUGGUUUGCCUGAUAUCAUUCCACGUAACUCACUCUCCUUUCUUGCAUCAUAAUUGAACUGACAACUUGUCACUCAUUUUCCUUUGCAUUGUCAUGUUAUUUUUAUUAUGAAUGUUCCUCCAUAAAAUGUUUGAAUCUUCACUGUUUGUUUAAUUUUAUGGUAUGUGUUUAAUCUUACUUGAAGUUACCUGUAUCAGAUAUUUAAAAUCGCAGUGCCUUAAUAUUGCCGAAUUAAGAUAGGCUGUCUUGUUAUAUCAGUAGGUCACUGUACAUUUGUGGCUUUGCUUACAAAGGACUUUCAGCAGCCUGACUUUUAUAGUAAACUCACUUGGGUUGAGUUUAAGAUCUUACAGAUAAUACAUCAAGUAAGUAUCAAAAGUAGGAAGCAUUAGAAAUAUAGCUACACCUUGUCUGUUGCAGCUUGUCUUAUGAUUAAAUUUUUCCAAUCUUAAAAUCAACUCGAAGUAAGUGAACCAUUAGUAUGUGGCAAGUUUCCUAAGAUCCUAUUGACAAUGUAGAUAGAGAGCGUGGUUAAUGAUGUAAUCGUGUAGCUCUGUAUUGUGAUAUUGUAGAUAAUCACCCAAGUAUAUGCAUGAUACUGUUGUUAAGAGAUUAAAAGAUUUAUUUGA